CAAAUAUGGUUGGAGAUGUCAAUAAUCAAUGCCCGUCAAGAUGAGUAAAGAUAAAUUUAACAUUGAGGAUGCAUUUGAAUCAGACGAAGAUGAAAAGAUUCGAGUUUAUGGUUCAACAAAGCAAACGCCAAUUAAAGCUCCGAAAAGCCGAGAAAAAAUAAGCUCAACGUCCGAUGAAAUACCCUUGACAGAGUGCCAGUAUGAUGGGCAGGGCUACAGUGAGCAACAGCUGAUGGGAAGCAGCCAAAAGCAAGGUCAUCCGCUGGUGGGGGCACCUGUUAUCACUGAUCCCAGUGGCUGGUCAGGGGAGACUGUUAUAGCCUCCAGUUCUGCCAAGGAACCACGCUGGUGGAGACAUCCUAAGAUCAAAGAGAACUACAAGACAGUAUGUGGGGCGGUAUCCCUGACUGUUGUGGGAGCAGCCCUGUUUUUGGUUGGUGUUGGUAUAGUGGCUUCUAAUGAUAGAGGUCUUCACUGCUUAGUAUUCUUUAUUGGAGGAGUGUUGUGUCUUAUUCCAGGAGUUUACCAUGUCGUGUACAUUAUUCUAGCAAUAAAUGGAGUUGGUGGGUAUAAUUUAUAUAACCUUCCCGUGUUUAAUACAUAGUAAACAUCUCACACCACCCAGAAUGGAGAAAUCCUUCAGGACAGUAGACAGGAUGAUCGGUAUGGAAGGUUAAAAUGUGUACAAUAUGUAGAUUGUGUAAAAUUAUAUAGAAAAAAAUGUGUUCACUUUAAACUGCAAUAUUGUAUUUAUUUUCUAACUUUAAAAUGGGUGUAUAUUUAAUUUUUGAGAAUAAGUUUGGAAUUUCUUUGUUAUCAUGUCAGUUUUUACAUUUUUAUUUGAAUAUUAUUAUUAUUUGAUCACAAUAUAUUACAAUUAAGUAUACUUAUAGUGAAGUAAAAGAGAUGAACAAUUUUGCUACACACUAUUCGAUCAUUAUAUGCAUUAAAUUCACAAUACAUUUUAAAACCAUGGGCAAGGAAAAUCACUGCUAUAAGAGUAUUAUAAAUUGAUUAUAAGGUGUUCACUAUAAGGGCAUUUUACUGCAUUACUAGUAUUCAUACUAUUUCAUAUGCACAUACAUACAUCACUGUAUUAUACUGACAAACAUACCAAAAUGUUAAGGUCAGACGAGACGUUCCUCAAAAUCUGUUUUGUACAUCUUCGUGAUGUAUGAAAAAUAUUCAAAAUUUUAAUAACAUUCUGAUUUCUAAACCAGUUUCUAAACGUUUUUAAAACAUCCAAAUACUUAAACAUUUGAAAUUGAAAAAUUAUUUUUCUUCCCCAAAGGAUUAUAUAAGAAAAACUACCCCUGGUAUUUUGCAGAAAUGCCUGGUAAGGUACCUCAAUUUUUUGUGAGUAAACAUGUUUAAGUAGCAAUACUUCAAUGACAAACUCCUAGAAAAAAUUAUCUAUUAUUAAGGAACGUCUCGUCUGUCCUUAAUACUAGUGUAUUUUUUGUAAGAAAUUAUUCAUUUAAGCACAGAGUUUUUUUUGAAAAGGAUAUUAACACAGAGAUCAGUGAAGGUCUUUGUGAGAAAUGUAUCUGUGUGGAUUGUUUACAAGAUUGAGACAUACGUGUACAGGACAUUUUUAUUGUUCAUGAAAACAUUUUUUUACUUUGUAAGACCAUUUAGACACCAAUUUUGUUAUUUACGUCAUGUUCAUUCAAUAUACCUGCUUGUAUAGAUAUUACAUUGUUCUAUAGACUCGUGAUGGCCAUUGUCUGUUUUGAAAUGAUUUUUUUUAAUUUCAAAAUGCAUUAUGUAAUUGUUGAAAUUUCACAUCCAGAAAUACAAUAUUUGAUAGAAAAAAAAUACCCACAAGCAAUUGCAGCACAUCAAGAUGCAAGGUACAUUUAGAUGUUUGCCACUGUGGAAGAAUAUCACUGCAGAAUUUACUUCAGUUUAGCUUUAACUGAGCGGCAUUUUGAAUAAUAUUGUACAUGUAUUUGCAAUGUUAUAUUUGUAUUGUUAUGAGGUGACAUAAUUUUUUCCAAAUCUGCUGACAGCCCUUUUGUUUUUCUUGUGUCUUUUGGUCUUCUUUGCAGAUAAUCGUAAAAUGGUUUUUAAACAUUCUUUAUGAAACUAGAAUGAAGGAAGAAUUCAGCAUAUUUUUUUAAGUUUGUUUUUGUUAUACUCACAUUCAUAAUCAGCUUCAUGACUGAAUUGCAUUUGUUAUUUUAUUUUUUUUUUUUUUUUGAAGGUUGUGAAUAUUUCAAACAUGGACAGAUAUACUGGGUUGUCAAAGUAUCAGAUUCUCAUAAUAGAGGGGAUUUUUACAAAUCAGAUUGUAUCACAAUUUAUCACUAUAAGUAUUUCAGUAUUUCAUAUGGUUUAAAUUUUUAAUAUUAAAAAAAUACACUAGUUAACUUAAUAACUUUUAGAAAUGGUUAGAUUGAUGCCAAAAUAUAGGUUAGAUACAUCGAAUUCUGUCUAGCUUAUUAUAUUGAUGAUAAACUUAGACUAAACUUACAAGUAGUGACUGUCAUAAAACAUAAAUGAACUUGGAUGAAAUUUUACAGUUUGAACAAAUUUUAAUUCUGGUAUCUACCUAUUACACAUUAAACCUAAAAAGAAUAGCUUUUCCAGUUUAAUUAGCCAUUAUCAAAAUUGAAGUCAUUUUAAUCUGUGUGCAUUUGGAAUUAGUUCCUGUAGGAUUGGCAGCGUGUAUGUUAUAUUAUUGACCACUAUAGUGCUUGUGAUGUCCAUUAAUUUAGUUAAAAUAGUACGUUGUCAUGAUUUAUUAUUUUGUAUUGAAAUCACAUUCUCCACAGUAAAUUAUAGUUGUGUGUAUAUAGAGCGAAGGUUGUAUGAAAUUCUCUGUGUUAUUUAAUGUAUGUAUUUAUUAACUGUUUUUACACUACUUUGUUUAGUUCCCAUGACAUCAGAUAUUUCGUGUACAUCUGUGAUAUCUCUCACUUUGUUUUGAAACCAGUGGAUUAUUGUACCCAUUGAAAAAAAAGUUCUGUCAAAACAAUUAUAGGUUAUAAAAUAAAUGAACAAAAACGAA